AGCAUCCCCGUACCACCUCUAUUAAAACCUGCCACUUCGAUAUCAGCCAACUCCUUCGUCUGCAAGUUGAUAGAAAAUUUCUCCCCAACAUUUCGGCGAUCGAGACGGUCAGGCCAUAUCACUCCAUUCAACGUGAAAGGACUCUUGACUCCUAACGACGGCUACUAUGCUUUAGAUAGAUCAGACGAAAGUUCCGACAACAUCACUAUUAAAAUGGAUGGUUUGAAGUCCGGAACAUUCUAUACUUUUGAGUUGUUACAAAUUUUGAGUUUCUUUGACAAGGGUCCGGGAGAUUUGAUUGACAUCUAUCCAAGCUCAACUGAUCAGAGCUGCUCUGCAAUGACAGAUUUCCCUGAAUUGGCAGGGGGUGAAUUGGAGGCAGUUUCUAAAAAUGGGAAAGAUGAGGAGUUCUGUGUGAUGUUUUUCUACCCCAAAAAUGAUAUCAGCUACAACAGGUACAAACUGGAGGUGGAGCAGGGAUCGAUCAAUCAAGUGACGGCGGGUGGGGACGAAUUCAAAGCUAUUGACGAAAAAGAGGACAAAGGGCUGCAUUGCUUCAAUCUGUCAGGCGAAGGAAGUCUGGACGAGGAGGCAAAUGUCACUGUCAAAUUAACUGUCAAAAGUGUGAGUGGGGUGGUGGAAAAACAAGGACAUACAUUGGAAAAGGCCAUGAAUCUGGAUGAGGUCACACUAGUUCAUUCUAUGGGCAUCAUGGGCUGCGUGGAGUACGAUGACUCAUCCGGGUGUCACCUGCUGAUUGAAGUGGAGCCAUUCAAAUUUGUGGAAUAUCUCAGCUUCCAAUAUACGCUUUCUGUCGGCGAUUCCAAUACAGUCGUCCACCUAUCCGUGUCUGGCAGCAACUGUGUAUGGACUGGAUCCCUUUUCCAAUGCACCCAGUUCAUACCAGGGUUGAUUUCUGGCGAGGAGUACAACAUAGUCAUGCAAGUGUGCAUGAACAACAAAUGCAUCAAUCGAGAUUACCAAUUGAAGUUCAAGGCCAAGAUGGGCGGUAGUUCAAACUGCCAUCUGGAAGCGAUCAGUUCUCAAGCAACCACUUCUGUCAGAUCUCUGGUUCUCUUGGUGACUGCUGCAAGCAAAUACUUCCUGAUCUAAAACUGUGCGAAAGAGCAGAUGACUUCAUUAGUUGGAAAUUUCAAGAAAACA